UACAUGUUCUCUCUCUCUCUCUCUCUCUCUCUCUCUCUCUCUCUCUCCAUACAUAGCUUCUUUUGCAAAACACAAGACAAACUAGAAAGAUGAAGCAAUUUGGACCCACGAAUGUCGCUCCCUUUCCCUGCGGACCGCGUUACGCAAAUAGAUUAUUUUCCUCACAAUCCUAUCUCCUCCAUAUAUCUAGCAAGAUCCAGAUGGAAGAGAAGCAGAUAAUCUUUGACUCUCCCAACAACUUUGUUCCCAAAAUAACCACUGUUUCUCAGGGUUUAUGUUAUUCUGGGAAAUCAAUCCUCCGUGUUAACGCCAACCCAAUGAGCUAAUGCCGGGGUGAUCCCCAAUCCUCGACCCAGUCCCCAUUUGGGUUGAUCUGGGGCUUCCCUAGUUUGAUCGAUUUUUGAUGGGUUUUGGGGGUGAUGGGUUGUGUUAGCUCCAAACAAGCGAGGUCUGAAUCGCCUGCUUUUGAUUUGCCGGUGACUGUGAGGGACAAUGGAUCAGCCAAUUUGGAUUCCUCAUCGCAAAUUAAAAGCGGGUUUGGGUAUUUGGAGAAGAUAAAGGAGGAAACUGAAAAUGAUAAAGAGGAUGAAUCAGGUUCUCGGCAUCGUGAAUUGGGGAAAUCGAAGUCCUCAAAGAAGGGAAGCUCUGAGAAAAGGGCUGCUUUUAGCAUUCGGUUUGGGAGGCUAACAGAAGGAGAGCAUAUUGCUGCAGGGUGGCCGGCUUGGCUUAGUGCUGUGGCCGGAGAAGCCAUUGAAGGAUGGCUGCCCCUGAGGUACGACAUAUUCGAGAGAUUUGAGAAGAUUGGACAAGGUACAUAUAGCAGCGUCUAUCGUGCUCGUAACGUUGAAACCAGUAGGAUGGUUGCCCUGAAGAAGGUACGGUUUGAAAAUUUCCAACCAGAGAGUGUCAGGUUUAUGGCACGAGAAAUAACAAUUCUACGCCGGCUUAACCAUCCAAAUAUUAUGAAACUGGAAGGGAUAAUAACUUCACGAGUAUCAUGCAGCAUAUACCUUGUUUUUGAGUACAUGGAACAUGAUCUCACCGGAUUAUUAUCAUGCCCUGACAUCAAAUUCAGUGAUGCACAGAUUAAGUGUUAUAUGAAGCAGCUAUUGCGCGGAAUUGAGCACUGUCACUCAAGAGGAGUAAUGCAUCGAGAUGUAAAAGCAUCCAAUAUUUUGGUGAACAAUGAAGGCAUUUUGAAGAUAGCAGAUUUUGGUCUGGCUAAUUUCCUUAGUGUAAGGAACAAGCAACCAUUGACCAGUUGUGUAGUAACUUUAUGGUAUCGGCCUCCUGAACUUUUGUUGGGGUCAACAAAUUAUGGGGUAUCUGUGGAUUUGUGGAGUGUGGGCUGUGUAUUUGCUGAACUUUUCAUUGGAAGGCCUAUACUCAAAGGGAGAACAGAGGUUGAACAGUUGCACAAAAUCUUCAAGCUUUGUGGAACUCCACCUGAUGAGUACUGGAAAAAGUCUAAGCUUCCUCUUGCAACAAUGUUCAAACCCCAGCAUCCUUAUGAAAGUACUAUUCGAGAGAGGUGUAAAGAAUUCCCUAAAACUGCUGUGAACCUAAUAGAAGCUUUUCUUUCCAUAGAACAUGACAAGCGCAGGACUGCAUCAUCUGCCCUUGAUUCUGAGUAUUUCAGCACAAAGCCUUAUGCAUGUGAUCCAUCAAGCUUGCCAAAGUACCCACCUAACAGAGAGAUUGAUGCAAAGUUCCGCGUGGAAGCACGGAGGAAAAAGGGUGGCACUACAGUCCGAGCAUCUGGAGGUUCUAGAAGAGUACAUAAACCUUUGCAAGAACCAAGCACUUCCUGCAAAGUGGCACCCACAGAGGAAUGGGAGGCCAAUAUUCAGGUUGCUCGUAGAAGUAAAGGUGGUAAUGCACAUUAUCCUAAGGGAAAAGGAGCCACCGAAUCUAGGGGAUCAGUGAAAACAUCAUAUGAUACAGUAUCAGAGAUUUCUCAAGGGACAGAAAUAUCUCAAGUGGAUAGCGUACGCUCAGUCCCUGUGCAAAUUACGCCAUCAAGUAGCUUUGCAUGGGCAAAAAGGCGGAGACAGGAUGCUGCAUCGACAAGAUUACACAGUCUGACCACUUUAAGGCGUCAGAAUUUGAGUGCAUUAGACCCAUCCAGUGUAUUGUAUGCACAGGAUACUUUGGAAUCAGAAUGGCAAGAAAAUGAAGUUUGUUCCAGCAGGAUCCACAUCGGUUCAAGAGGCAAUGAUGAGAUUGCAAAACGUGCAAUACGAAGGCUACAAAGUCAUCCUAAUCGACCAGAGUCUUUCGAUUCCUCAGAUUUUUACGAGUCUCAGGAACUAUCAGUAGAUUAUAAUGAUGAAGGUGGAAGUGUUCCAUUCUCCGGAGCAUUGUUAUUACAACCACGUAGAACUGAUGGAAGACAAAAAGGUCAAACACGCCAAGCUGCUCGCAGAUCUCGUUUUUAUAGAGACUAGUGAUGCAGAGGAACUGAGAGUGCUAGAUUCUCCAAACCUCCUCAGACAGGAAAGGUUGGAGAGGCUUUGUGGCUGAACCUUUUAUGGCCAUCUAAAUUAAUGUCCUCCAGACUCCUAGGGAGCUCAAACUGUUGCUUCUUGCUGAGAUAUCUUGGUCUAGUCAUUGUCAAGUUUUAGCUCUGUGAAUGUUGGAUUGGUCAUGUACAUGUAGCAAAAGAGGGCCUUUGCAGAUGUAAGCAAGGAACAACUCAUCCCAAGUGCUCUUGUGGCUGAUAUAAAAAAAAAAAAAGAAGUGCCCUUAUGGAACGAUUUUAUUUUUUGAUAUGAUGUCCGAAGUAAAAAUGCUUGGCAUAUACAAUUCUUUGUAAUUAAAUGUUUUUUUUUUUUUUCAUUUUUUGCUUAAAAUAAUAAGUUUUGCUUUUCG